AUGGCAGAAUCCACGACACAGGAGGGGAACGCUAAGUGCGUCAUGUGCGGUCAUGGCUAUGGAAGUGCCCAAGGGCGACAACAUGGCCGCUCCUUCAAAUGUUGGAACUGUCUGAACGUGGAGCAGACAAUACGGCGACACCUCGGCAUGACCGCGGACUUGGCCGAGUUCUCCCAAGCGGAGACAGAGAAUUUCUUCCGGGAAGCCAAGAGCGCGAAGGGGACCGAAGGCAAGGUGAUUGCCAAGGGAGAAUCGGUGGCAGUGGCAGAACAAGAAGCCCUCAAGCUUUGUCGGGAAAGUCGUGGGAAGGCGCAAGAAUGGAUUCGAGCCGCAAAGGAAACGGUACGCCUGCAGGAUCAGAACAAGGAGAAAGGGGAAGACGCCCAAGAGGCACUUGUGGCCUUGCCGUGUGACGCGUCCGAUGUGAAGGUGCUGUUGAAGCAAAGCACGGAGGCCCAAAAAUCUUUGCGUGAGAGCUUUCCCCAGCCAAAGGCUAAGGCCAAAGCGGAGGCCACCGGAGUAAUUGCUCGGCUGCGGGACGAUGGCAAGGGUGUGACCACGUGCCGUGCCCCAGCUGUGAAGUUUCCGGUUGCGCACAAGAUGCUGCAAGCCGUCAAACUGCCAGGGCCUAAGGGCCUCACGGUGCAUUGUAAUUCCUUGUCGAUGCUGGUGGCGGAAAAGGUUCAGCGAUCGCCCCUAUAUGCGACCUUGCUGCAGGCAGCUAUGAAGGCAUCGCAGAGUCAGUUGAAAGAUGGACGGGCCAAGUGCUCGGUGUUCUACGUGAACAGCCAGAGACGGCCAAGAGAGUGGGACUGCCCACGUCGGCAUUGUUUGCAAAUGGCAUUGAGAUCGGAUGUGUCGAAUUUGGGCGAGGCACCUUCCUGCGCAUCUCCAAAACUGUUUGUGUUGAAAUAA